UCAGCUGUUCUUCACUGCAUAGCACAAUUCGCUCCAUUCUAUCCAGUAAAACGAAUUGAUAAUUUUAUAUGUGCAUUUUUUACCGACUAGUCAACAAGAAAUUUAUAAACAAAUAUAAAACGACACAGAAUAGCUAUAAAAAGCAUAUAAACCAAAAAGUUAAUUUAUUUUCUUAUUCAUUAGCAGCCGAACUGCAAGUAAAGUGGAAUUUGCGAAAGAAAACAAACUACAAACGUUCGUUGGUUGUAGAAGAUUACUACUCAUUGCUCGUCGACAAGCGAUUAUCAAUAAAUGAAUAAUAAAUUCACGGUUAUGCUGACUUGAUAUUAGUCAUAAACACAUAAAUAACGUACAUAAGAGCACGACUUUCAGUGGAAAUAUUUACUGCAAAGCAAGCAGUAAACCAGUAUUUAAUUGCAACACGUUCCAAUAACUAUUUAGCGAUAAUAAGUGAAAGAAAAUGUCCCACGAUGCAUUGAAUAUAGAGGGAGUUAAGCAGGAACCGGCUUUGUUAAAAAAACAUGCAAAAUUUUUCGUUAGAUUUUUGAAUUUAUUGCCAGCCCGUCUAGCUUCACACGACUCCACCAGAGGCACCAUUGCAUUCUUCGCAGUAUGCGGAUUGGAUGUACUUAAUUCGCUACCACUACUUACAAAAGAAAUGCAAAAGGAUGUCAUUGAAUGGAUUUACGGUGGCCUUGUGACUUCAAAUCCGGAAAAACAGCCAAACUGCAGCGGCUUUCAGGGUUCACGUUGCGUGAAUAUCAUUUCCGAUGACGAGCAAUUACAGGCCAAUGCCAAAAACUAUCAGUGGGGACACCUUGCGAUGACAUAUACCGGUAUUGGCAUAUUAGCUACGCUUGGUGAUGAUUUGAGUCGCAUAGACCGAAAAAGCAUUGUCGAUGGUGUCGCCGCGGUACAGCGUCCAGAUGGUAGUUUCAGCGCUUGCGUCGACGGCAGUGAAAACGAUAUGCGCUUCGUUUUUUGUGCCGCUGCCAUAUGUCAUAUGCUCGACUAUUGGGGCAAUGUGGAUAAGGAGAAAAUGUUUGAGUUCAUAACCAGCUGUAUACGUUAUGAUAACGGCUUCAGUCAGUAUUUAGAGGGUGAAGCGCACGGUGGUACAACAUUUUGUGCUUUGGCUGCGCUUGAGCUGAGUGGCCAAUUACAUCGAUUGGAUGUAGCAACGAUAGAAAACAUAAAACGUUGGUUGAUUUUCAGACAGGUGAAUGGUUUCCAAGGUCGUCCAAAUAAAGCAGUAGACACAUGCUAUUCAUUUUGGAUAGGUGCAGCGCUACGCAUAUUGGGUGCCUUUGAGUUAAUAGAUUACGAAGAGAAUCGUGCUUACAUUAUGGAGACACAAGACAGCAUUGUCGGUGGUUUUUCAAAAUGGCCACAAUCCACAACAGAUCCUUUUCAUACUUAUUUCGGUCUGUGUGGGCUUUCGUUCAUGAAUGAGCCUGGUCUAUCAGCAGUUAUGCCCAGUUUGAAUAUAUCAAUGCGCGCUUACAAUCGUCUGAAACAAUUACAUGCACAGUGGCAAGUGGAAAGUACAGAUGAUCGAUUUGUUAGCAACAACAAGUCGGCGUCGUCAAAACUUAACAGUGAUGAAAAUUCAACGUCCGUUACCUCGCCGCUUAUAGAAGCACAAUAAGGAGCAUUUCUUUUACAAAAAACUAUACAUUAAGCGGGAAUGAUUUUUAUACAAAGUGAGCAAUGAUUGGACAACUAUAUGACUAUUCGUGCUGAAAUAUUUUGCAAUUAAUUUUUAACAAAAAAAUUUAUAUAUUUUGCAUAUAUUUUAUAAUAUGCAUAUGCCUUUCUAUUGUCACUGCUUGUUUCUUUUUUUUUUACAUUGCAAUAAUUUUGACUAUCAAUAUUAAAGUGUACAUAAUUUUUUAAGUCAAAUAGUCCAAUCAUAUCGUGAGUGUAUCGAGAAACUAUUGUGAAUUAAAACAUAAGCACAACUAUUUUUUUAAUAGUAUUUAAUUAUAUUGAUCGGUAUUGUAAAUAAACUAAUACAAUUAAAGCUA